CAUUGUCAGUCGGCGUAUUUCUAGCGAUGGCAUUUAUUUAGACGACAUCGUUACCUUACCCGAUUCAUCUUUAUUUCGCAGUUUGUCGGAAAUUUUGGCAAAUUUCGCUGAGGAAUUUCGAUUAUUUGGUCCUCCGCUGGAUUGAAUGCUGUGCAUCUGUUGACCAUCAUUUUGGCAUCCCUGCACUCACGACAUGGACACUGAUUCGAACGAUGGGACAGUUACGGAAAGCCUCAAUGGAGAAACAAAACCGGACCCAACAAAGCUCGCCCAUUCGGCCAUUAUUAAGCAGGAUGUUAUGCUCUCAGCCACCACCACACAGUCCCCGCUGGCGCCGGUGUCGUCAGUCUUUACGAUGCCCUCUGUCUCGCUGCCCAAUGCUUCAGGAAGCACUCUGGGUCUCUCCGACCAUUUGUUCAUGUCCGUACCCUCCAUAGCAGACACCUCCACAACGUCCUCGGUCACAGACGCCAAAUCAGAAGCAAAUGGUGCAAUCCACUCAUUAUCGGGUCAGACCCAGCUUCUCGGACAGCCCCAGGUGGCAGCACCACAGUUCUUCCUGGCAAGUCAAGCGGCGGCGCAGGCAGCUGCCGUUCAGGGGCAGGCGGCAGCAGCGUCCGCGGCGGCCAGCUCCCUCGGUGUACAGCAACUUCUCAUUCCAGUCUCCACAGGUAAUGGCACCCAACAGUUCAUCAGCAUCCCGGUAUCCUUGGCAACGGGAGGGAAUCAACAGAUUCAACUCUUGACGACGUCCAAUGGGCAGAUUAUCGCCACAAAUCUUGCCAGUUUACAGGCGCUGGCACAACCUCUCAACCUCGGUCUGGCUGGGGUCACAGCAGGCAGUGUCUCCAGCCCUGCAAGUCACCACGGUAGCAGUAGUAGUAGUAGUCACGCAGUGUCGAGUCAGUUGGCGGCAGCGUUGCCACAACUCUUGUCCACAGGAGCACAGGGGCAGCUGCUAGCAUUGGGCACACAGAAUGCAAUCCGAGGAUUAUCAUUAGAUGGAAAAUUCAAGUUUGAUAAUCAGGUGCUGACACCAGUCUCUGUCGCUCAAGUAAAUAAUUCUUCAGCUUCCUCCAACCAAUCAACUGCUGGCGCUGCAGGUCAUUCAGCCAAUCACACCAUCUCUACUUCCCCAUCAUUACAACAGACACUAACACAAGCAGUGGGUGGGUCAACGUCACACACCGUCGUGGCACAGCACAGCCCCACGCGACCCUCAGCACUUUCCGCCAACCCGGCAGCUACCUCGAAUGGACUUCCCCCCUCCGUUAGUCAAUUGCUACCAAAGAAGAGCACGGUGUCUCUGCCCUUGACCCUCCCAGCCCCUAAGACCGUACUGACCUCUAACGGACUUCCCACCAGUAUUAGUGAACUCAUGCCAGACACAGUGGGCAACUCAACUGAGAGUACGACGGUAGAUGGGAUCAACUUGGACGAGAUAAAAGAGUUCGCUCGGCAGUUCAAGAUUCGUCGAUUGUCCCUGGGACUGACCCAGACGCAGGUGGGACAAGCCCUCAGCGCCACCGAGGGGCCAGCUUACAGUCAGUCAGCGAUUUGUCGAUUUGAGAAGCUCGACAUCACACCGAAGAGCGCCCAGAAAAUCAAACCUGUGUUAGAAAGAUGGAUGCUUGAGGCAGAAGAGCGGUAUAAGAACGGAGUUCAGAAUCUCACCGAGUUCAUCGGCAGCGAACCUUCAAAAAAGCGCAAGCGACGUACAUCAUUUACGCCACAGGCUUUGGAAAUAUUAAACCAGUAUUUUGAGAGAAACACCCAUCCCUCAGGUGCUGAAAUGACAGAGUUAGCAGAAAAAUUAAACUACGACCGAGAAGUCAUCAGGGUGUGGUUCUGUAACAAAAGGCAAGCGUUAAAAAAUACCAUAAAGAAGUUGAAACAAGAGGCACCGUGACUCAUCCAUGCAUAAAUAUGCGGCAUAGUUUGAUGUUUGGCCAGAUUUGUUAAUUAUUUAUUAUUUCAAAAUAGGUUGUUUUUUCUCAGGGCUAUGAUCCAUAGUAUGGGGUGAAGAAGCAGGAUUCAGAUCAAACUUCACACUUUUCAGUAGAAGGUUGAAACGGGUCUAUUACUGUCUUUACUAGCUGCUAUAAGACUAUAUCUUCCAUAGAAAAAUUAUUAACAUUUUUAUUCCUGAAAACAAUUAUUCAUUUGUCCAGUUAUGUAUGUUGAGGUGAUUAAUAGAUUUCUUAUUUGUAAAAAUGAGUGAACUGAUAGUUUAAAGACAAAAAGUGGACCACUUCAAUGAAAUCCAACAUUUAAGCCAUUGAACAUACAUAGCUAUGGAAAUUCUAAAGAAAUAUACUACUCAGUGUUUGUAGGGGUAUAUUCUGAAGGUCCAGGUCGGAGCUGAAUGAUUGGUUGCUAGGAGAUGGGGUCAUACAAAUAGUAUCCCACAUUGCCAUGCAACUGAUGCAUGUUCAGGUUUAUUCAAAGUAAAUAAAAGUAAGUACCAAAUUUUCAUGAGUAAAUGGUAAAUCUGUAAACAUGUCUGGUGAUUUUAUAUCUCAAAUUUCAAAUUUGUACUGACCAAGUUUCUUAUCACCCGUACGUUAACUGAAAUUCGCUGAAGGGGUACGGUGAAAUGUUUUUUCUGCGCAUAAUAUUCGAAAAAAAUGUUUUUCCAAAAUACUGAAUCCGCUAGCGGGGGGUGCACACUAUACUCAAGAAAAUAUGGUACACCUGUUGCUGUUAUAGUUCUGGAACAAUAUGAAAUAGCCCAGUAUCCUUCCCAAAUUUUGAGUAGUAUGGUUUGUGAAGAUAUAGUCUUACAGUAUCGAAUGUUAACAAUGUGUUUCAGGUGAUUGUGGUUUAGUACUGAUAAUUCUUGAUGCAAACACAGUCUCAAUAUCAGAGUGUUCAAAGUGUUACUCUUCAAACUAUCAAUGACCGUGGAAAAAGUGAAAGCAAAGCACAUGAACAAUUUUUGCCACCAGACACAAAACUAUUUUUGGAAUUAUCAGUACUGAAUGAUAUAAGCAAUAGCUAUGUGACUGAAAUGGUAGUCAUGUGAUGAAAGCUUUGUCACAUGACAAGCUAAUCACAUAGUCACAUGAUUAAAACAAAAGUCACAUGACAGAAAUCCCACUAAGAUCUGAUGCUUGUUCAUGCUAUGUAAGUUGAAGCUAUUAUGUGAUAUUGUGUUUAUAGGUAUGUAGUGCUCUCUAGGUAUGACUUGUCUCCCUUGAAUUCAGAACAACAUGGUGGUCACUUCCAAUUUUCACAGUCAUACACUGAAAGUGUAUAUCCAUUGCAAGAAUCAUGUGAAGUCCGUAAGUGAAGCUUUUGUAUAAGUUGAUGAUAAAAGUCAAUUUAUUAGAAAAAAUAAUAUCAUACAAUGUUAGAGGUUCAUCACUAAAUAUGACAUGUCUUGUGAAAAGAUUUUGCUACAAAAGUGUAAAAUGUACAAAUUCUGGUCCAUUUUAGAAGGAAAGGAUAUUUACAAAAUUUGUGCAGUACUGCCGAGCUGUUCUGAAUUACAAGAUUUAGGUUGUUAUUUAUUAAUGGUAAUUUUACCAUGUCUGAUAUUUUUUAGUGGUUGACAGUUGGUCAACUGUACGCUGAAGGCUUUUUAACCCAGCUUGUAGAAUCUCUGUGACAACUGAACGUGAUGCUAGCGGGAUCACGUCUACCUGAUGAAGUUGUGAUAAUGUGUAUUGAGGAGGUGAACAAUUAUUUGUUAAUUUUAUUUCUGAAACCUAGUGUAAGCUUCAGUAGUCCUGCAUCAAGUGUAAUACUUUAGGUUGCCAGAUGACAACGCCUUCCUUCAGUCACUUUAAAGUCAUUCAGAAUCUCUCUUAAAAAUGUUGAACCUCAGAUGAAAACUGAAUGUCCUUUGUUAUAUUGUGGAACAGUGCAAUUUAUUGCUGUGUUUGAAGAUUAUUAAAGAAAAAUUUAAGUAUUGAAAAAUCAAUUUACUACUCUGAAUUGUAAAUAUUUGACAAGAAAGUCUCUGGAAUAAUUAACAGUAUGACCAUAUUCGGUCUGGUAGGUAAUGCUCAGUUGUUUUCAAUGAGUCUCCUGAAUAAUGACAACUCUAAAAAUAAUAAUAAUAAUAAUAAUAAUAAUGAUGAUAAUAAGUCAGACUGUGACCAGUACUUUUCAAACGGAUUUGUAACCAUUUGACACUAUCUACCAUUGUAAAUUGAACUACGUGUACCAUAAUAGACGUAAUAAGCGCCCACGGCGAUAUUUGCUAAUAUAAUGGCUAGUGAACAGUCCCAAUUCGCACCCCUUCCGAUUGAUCAAUGUACACAAGACUUAUUUAUUCGUGUAUUAUACACACUCGUGUGUUAUAUGCACCCUUAAUUAUGGGCAAUUAAAUUCUGGAAAAAUAUAUCAGUCGUAUAUUAACAUUUCAGGCUAUCAGCAUAAAUCACAAAGUUUACGAUCUUUCAACUCUUUUUUUUUUUCACCAAAAUUAUAUUCUAAUAAGAGCCCCCUUUUUCUAAUUUUGAGAGUGACUGGGAGCUUAUUACGUCAAAUAUGGUCCAUUUUCGUUUGUGAAGAUCAAAUAAUAUACAAUUAGUUGCAUAAGGGAUACCGCCUUCCAUGAACAAGUGUCUAUAAUAAUGGGCUCAUGGCUAGGUUAAUUUAUAAAAACAUUCUCGGAUUGGACACUUGGUAUGUUUUGCUGGUAAGACAUAUAUUACCGUAUUCGACGUAAUAAGCGCCCCGCUCUAAUAAGCGCCCAUGGCGA